AUGUCAACCCCAAAUUCGAGAGAGGUGGCUUUUGCGGGGCCCAACACUCCGCCAUCCAUUCCUCUACCUCUUCCUGAAAAAGCAAUCGACGUCGCCAGUACAAGCAUCAAUGAAAUGCCAUUACUUCAAUUUUCUUUUGAACCUGUUGCCAAAUCAGACUUCUGGAUACCCGACAACGUUGAGACAAUCAUAGCUACUACCCUCUCCCAAGCCAGGAACAAGAUCUCACGCGUGCAGAAGGCUGCUGACAAGUCCAAACAAACCAAAUACCUCCUCAUCUCCGAAACCAGCGAGGACAUCAUCGAGAAGCUGCUCGAGAAGGUGAGAGGUGCAAAAGCUACAAGGGCCAAAAACUGCAUCCUAUAUCGCGUUAUGCCCAGUCGUGAUCAUGGAACCCUCGUCGGCACUUUCAAUGUACAUUUUCCUUUUGCUAUUCAGACAGCCAAUAUACCGAUUUCACGCCAAUGGUGGGUGGCAACCGCAGAUUCUCUCUUCAUGGGAUUCUAUUGUGGCAGACAAGCGGAUUACAGCUUCACCCCGGUUGCCAACCCUCCACGCACCGACACAACUCCUCCCUUGGCGCCUACAGACUGGCCGUCUUUUGUGGUAGAAGUCGGUCAUUCCGAGUCGUUCCAGCAACUCCGUGGCGACGCGAACUGGUGGUGGCGGAAUUCCUCUCGCCAGACGAAGCUAAUACUACUAUUCAAUGUCUGCAAGACACCAAGUCAUUUCGUCGAAGUCGAACUAUGGCAAGAAGCUCUACACAGUUAUGUUGGUUACGAGACACGAUCCACACAAAGGUUUCGAACAGAGCUCGGCUUAGUACCAGUUCUCGAACGAAAACAAAACACCACAGUGGUCAGCCCACACGGCAACCACACCUCCAUUGAAAUUGAUACUGGCCUACUUCUGCGGCACACAGCAAAUUUCGCUCCUAAUGUUAUUCUCACGCAAGAAAUGUUGAGUGAGAUUUGUGCACAGUAUUCAUGA